AUGUGCCCCACCCCCACCCCAGAAGGGAAUGUGGCUCUCAGGGUUCCAGGGCUCUUGGAAGAGACCAUUAUUAAUGCCUCCAAGUCAAAGCAAGAUUUACCAGAUGCUGCAAAGAUGCAACUGUCCAUGGAAGCCACACUGCUGGGAGUCCAAGCCCCAGUGCUGGAGAAUGAAGAGGAGCCCUUUCAUGUGAAAAGUCCCGAGCCUGGAGAUGUGGGAUCCAGCGGAAUAUCCUUAGAAAGAGCCAAUUUCUUCCAGGCUCCCAACAGCAUCGCCAGCACCGACUAUGAGAAGAGUCUCCACCAGAGCUUGGACCUCCUCAAGAACCAGAAGAAAUGGCUGAGGAAGUUCAAAUGCUCCUACUGCGGGGCCACGUCCAACAUUCGAGCAAACAUUGUCGUUCAUGAGAGAAUCCACACCGGCGAGAAGCCCUACGGCUGCUUAACCUGCGGCAAAAGCUUCAGCCGGAAGUCGACCCUCGUGCGGCACAAGAGGACCCACACAGGGGAGAAGCCGUACGAGUGCCCGGCGUGCGGGAAGAGCUUCAGCAUCCGGUGUAACCUUUUGCGGCACGAGCGGGUCCACACGGGAGAGAAACCCUAUCAUUGCAAAUGCUGCGGCCAGAGCUUCAGUCGGAGGCUCUUGCUUGUGAUUCACGAGAGAACCCAUGCAGGAGAGAAACAUGCAUAGAAGCUUGGGAGUAUUGGGGGAGAGAUGUCACUCUUUCCCUGCCUC